AUGCAGGUCCUGUUCAGUCCACAGCCAUCUACACUUGACAGAGAAUUUCCCUGUGAUGUGAUUUUAAGAUAUUGUAGGAUUUUUAGUGGUGUUUCAUUAUAUUCCGGAAAGCCACUUGAAAAAUUAGAAACAGAAUUAGUCUUUGCUGGUGAUAUUGGUGACGGAUCUUGCUCCCAGGGAAAUGCAGUCAAAAUAGCUGGUGGUCUUGGAUUGAUUACGGGCGAAUGGGAAGCUUAUGGAGAUGGAAUGACUGCUGAUUCACCUCUGAUCCCAGGAGCUAAGGUGACCUUCAAUAACGUGGUUGAAAUGGCAGACUAUAUUAGAUCGAACCAAAAACCAGUAGGGUCAUUCGUAUUCAAGGGAACUGUGAUUGGAUCUUCACCUUCAUCUCCUAAAGUUGCUUCAUUUUCUAGUCGUGGCCCAAACCUUAUAACACCAGAAAUUUUCAAACCAGACGUUAUCGCACCGGGUCUUAAUAUGUUGGCUGCUUGGACGGGAGCUGCUGCUCCAUCAGGUUUAGAAGUUGAGAAAAGACGGGUCGCGUUCAAUAUAAGAUCUGGUACAUCCAUGUCAUGCCCUCACGUGAGCGGAUUAGCUGCAAUGCUUCGUAAGGCUCAUCCGACAUGGAGUCCAGCUGCAAUCAAGUCUGCUCUUAUGACUACAGCUUAUAAUGCAGACAACGCAGGUAAACAAAUUACUGAUCAGGCUUCUGGAAACAUUUCAACACCAUUCGAACAUAGUGCUGGGCAUGUUGAUCCCAAUAAAGCCUUAAACCCGGGCUUGAUAUAUGACAUCCUGCCAAGUGAUUAUGUAGCGUUCCUCUGCUCCAUUGGAUACAAUCGGAAACAAAUGUCUCUUUUUAUCAAGGACAUGAAGGUCGAUUGUAGGUUAAACAAAUUGGCUGCAGGUCCAGACGAUCUGAAUUACCCAUCGUUCUCGGUUGUUUUCAAUUCAUCCAAUGAUAACUCGGUUGUCAAGUACAAGAGAGUGGUCACUAAUGUUGGGAGGCUGGGAGUUACAACCUACAGAGUGAAGGUUAACAGUCCACCUUCUGUUAAGAUCAGUGUCUCACCAAGCUUACUUGUAUUCAUCUCGAUAAACCAAAAGUUGUCUUAUGAAGUCACAUUCACAAGCUUGAACAACGAUGCUGAAAUGGAGUUUGGGGCAAUCGAAUGGAAUAAUGGUGUGCACGUUGUGCGCAGCCCUGUUGCUAUAACGUGGCAAGCUUCUACUACUAGUUUGAUUUCUUCAUUUUGA